AUGCCUGCCACCAACGGCACUACCAGCCACUUCAGCCAGCCCAAGAAUGCCGGCGCUUUUCUCUUCACCUCCGAAUCCGUCGGUGAGGGUCACCCCGAUAAGAUUUGCGACCAGGUCUCAGAUGCUAUCCUCGAUGCCUGUCUAAAGGAGGACCCCCUCUCCAAGGUCGCUUGCGAGACCGCCACCAAGACCGGUAUGAUCAUGGUCUUUGGUGAGAUCACCACCAAGGCCCAGGUCGACUACCAGAAGGUCAUCCGUGACGCCAUCAAGGACAUCGGCUACGACUCGUCUGACAAGGGCUUCGACUACAAGACCUGCAGUGUCUUGGUCGGCAUUGAGCAACAGUCUCCCGACAUUGCCCAGGGUCUUCACUACGAAAAGGCUCUCGAGGAGCUUGGUGCUGGUGACCAAGGUCUCAUGUUCGGAUAUGCCACCGACGAGACCCCCGAGCUCCACCCCCUGUCCCACCUACUCGCCCACAAGCUGAACAAGGCCAUGUCCGACGCCCGCCGCGACGGCACCUGCCCCUGGUUGCGACCCGACACCAAGACCCAGAUCACCAUGGAGUACAAGCACGAUGGCGGUGCCGUCGUUCCUCUACGUGUCCACACCAUUGUCAUCUCGGCCCAGCACGGUCCCGAGAUCAGCACCGAGCAACUCCGAAAGGAACUCAAGGCCAAGAUCAUUGACCCCGUCAUUCCCAGCCAAUACAUCGACAGCGAGACCAUCCUUCACUUGCAACCCUCUGGUCAAUUCAUCAUUGGUGGUCCUCAGGGUGACGCUGGUGUCACUGGCCGCAAGAUCAUCGUCGACACAUACGGUGGCUGGGGUGCCCACGGUGGUGGUGCCUUCUCCGGAAAGGAUUUCAGCAAGGUCGACCGAUCGGCUGCCUACCUCGCCCGAUGGGUUGCCAAGUCUCUUGUCAACGCCAAGCUUGCCCGCCGAGCCCUGGUCCAGCUCAGUUACGCUAUCGGUGUUGCUGAGCCUUGCUCCAUCUACGUCGAUUCAUACGGCACCUCAAGCAAGACCUCUGAGGAGCUCGUCGAGAUCGUCAAGGCCAACUUCGACAUGCGACCCGGUUCGAUCGCCAAGCAGCUCGACCUCAUCCAGCCCCUGUACAACCAGACAGCCAAGUUUGGUCACUUCGGUACCAACCAGAGCUUCACCUGGGAACAACCCAAGGAGCUCAAGUUCUAAAUGUUUUUUCUUUUAUCCAUUUGUAUAAUGUCUUUUCCGUGAGGGACUUACUCUCGAGACAUCGCGGGAGAAUCAACUUCUUUCUGCAUUGCGAACGGCGUUGUUGGGUUUAGAGACAUAUGAUUCCCUCAUCGGACAGUGUCACGAAAAUUAUGGGCUCGGCAGCAUUGGCGUACGGUUUCAACAUACCCGGUGGGUUCUUACUACACUACUGCUACCACCACUUCUACAACUAUUUAGGCGGCGGAUCUAGAUAUCUAGCAUUUGCAUAGAGAUUUCAACAUAAUGCGGGAAACGUGUGAAAUGGGAAAAUAUGGUCCUCUUCAUCAUCCAUACCAUAGGGACAAACAAACAAAGAAACAAUGAAGAUACCGCAGGGCACCCGGUUCAAAGUUAGCCGAGGUGUCAUUCAACGCCUAUUAUUUUUGCCGAAUGUCCAUCAGCUUGAUGCAUUUUUGAGUAUCAUGCUCAGCGUGAAUCAAUUGAAAGUAAUUGACAAUGUAGAAUGUGGCCAAGACUUGUUCUUUUACCAGAUAUUCUAUGUUAUUAUUCAGUAGAAUAUACGGAGUAUACGCCUCUGCCUAACCCCGCGCUCCGCUGAUCCUCCCCAUUAGUUAAUACCCUUGUAUGUACGCUUAGCAUCGGGAGCUUUCUCAUUCGCAUUUACAUUUCUUCCUCUUUGCCAAUACAUUGAUUGGAUUUAAUAGAUAAG